AUGCUCCUCCGCCGCGCCCUGUCGUCCCUGAGCAGCAGGCGCUUCGACGUCGUCGUCGUCGGCGGCGGGCCCGUGGGAUGCGAAGCCGCUCGACUCUCGGCGACGCUUGGCCACAAGGUGGCCGUCGUCGAGGCGACGCGUGACGGCGCGCUCCUGGCGGCGCCCACGGGCUGGGUCAGCAAGGCGUUGCGCUUCGCGUCGCGCGAGCUCGGCACGGCGUCGGGCGAUCGCCGCGUGCACUGGCGCGACGUCGGCGCGUACGUCGAGAACACCGCGGGUCGCGCGCUCGGCAAGACGGCCGCCGCGUUCGCGCCGCUCGUCAACGAGGACCGCGUCGAGGCGUUCGCCGGUCCCGCGACCUUCGUCGGCACGAAUAAAAUCGCCGUGGGCGACGCGACGCUCGAGGCGGCCACGGUCUUCCUCGCGACGGGUUCGACGGGGACGCGCGUGCCGUCGCUGCCCUGGGACGACCCGGCCGCGGCGGAGUGGCUCUACGACUCGGACACGAUCAUGGGCGUGGGCCGCCUGCCCGAGCACGUGCUCAUCCAGGGCGGCGGCGUCAUCGGCGUCGAGUACGCGUUCAUCCUCCGGCACCUGGGGGCGCGCGUCACCCUCGUCCUCCGCGAGCCGUCGCUGCUCGACGGCAAGGCCGUCGACGACGACAUCCGGAGCGCCAUCGCGGGACGCCUGGAAAAGGUUGGGGUGACGGUCCGCUACGAGGACGGCGACGUCGUGAGCGCGGAGCCCCCGCGGACGCCGCGCGGCCCCGGCCGCGUCGUCCUGGGCAGCGGCGAAGAAAUCGCCUGCGACGUCGUGCUCUCGGCCGUCGGCCGCUCCGGCGCGACGGCGAGCCUGGACCUCGCGGCCGGCGGCCUCCGCGCCACGCCCCAGGGCCACGUCGACGUCGACGCCGCGACGAUGCGCGCGUCCGGCGCGGCCCGCGUCUGGGCCGCGGGCGACUGCGCCGGCCGCAACGCCGUAUCGCCGCCGGGGCUCCUGUCGACGGGCUUGGCCCAGUGCCACGUGGCCGUGCGCGACGCGUUCCCGGAGGAGUGGGCGGCCUACGUCGCGGGCCACGGCUCCCACGUCGGCGAGGCCGUCAAGGAGGACAAGCACGCGGCGACGGCGCUCUGGAUCGAGGACGGCGUCGGCGCCGUCGGCCUCAGCGCGGAGCAGGCCGCGGACGCCCACGGGCCCGACGCGGCGUCGAUCGCGGUCCCCUUCAACGACACGAUCAAGGCCUGCGUCCAGCCGCGGCCCGACGACGAGUUUCUAAAGCUCGUCUUCCAGCGGUCCACGGGCCGCAUCCUCGGCGUCCACAUCUUCGGCCGCGACGCCGCGGAGAUGGUCCAGCACGCGGCCGUUCUCGUCAACGGCGAGAAAACCAUCUGGACCGCGAUCAAGGAGGUCCCGCCCGCGGUCACCUACGGCGAGGUCCUCAUGAGCGCCUGCUUCCGCGCGGUCGACGACCUCGGCGGCGGCGCGCUCCCGCGGAAGGCCGACGACGAGAGCGAGGGAUCCCGGGACCGUGAGCGGCGCGCGCGGUCCGGCAGCAAGGACGACAAGAUGGACGCCGACGACGGCAAGGACGACGGCGAGGACCGCGAGCGCAUCCAGAAGGUCAUCGAGGUCGACAAGGACGACGCGGCGUUCGUGCUGGGCCGCGGCGGCUCGACGAAGCGCAAGAUCGCGCGCUGCCACGUGGCCGUGCGCGACGCGUUCCCGGAGGAGUGGGCGGCCUACGUCGCGGGCCACGGCUCCCACGUCGGCGAGGCCGUCAAGGAGGACAAGCACGCGGCGACGGCGCUCUGGAUCGAGGACGGCGUCGGCGCCGUCGGCCUCAGCGCGGAGCAGGCCGCGGACGCCCACGGGCCCGACGCGGCGUCGAUCGCGGUCCCCUUUAACGACACGAUCAAGGCCUGCGUCCAGCCGCGGCCCGACGACGAGUUUCUAAAGCUCGUCUUCCAGCGGUCCACGGGCCGCAUCCUCGGCGUCCACAUCUUCGGCCGCGACGCCGCGGAGAUGGUCCAGCACGCGGCCGUUCUCGUCAACGGCGAGAAAACCAUCUGGACCGCGAUCAAGGAGGUCCCGCCCGCGGUCACCUACGGCGAGGUCCUCAUGAGCGCCUGCUUCCGCGCGGUCGACGACCUCGGCGGCGGCGCGCUCCCGCGGAAGGCGUAG